CAUCUAUCCACUUCGGGCCUCCCUGCCAUCAUCCACCCCGACCUCCGCCUCCGCCUCCGCCCGCCGCCGACGACUCUCCGACUCCCACUCCACCUCCAAUCGAACCCCACCCGCCGCCGCCGCCGGAGGCGUCUACCCCUGCUCUCCUCCCCCGCGCGCCGCCGAUCGAAUCCGCAAGCCGCGAUGGAUUCCCUUCUUGCCAACUACGCCUCUUCCGACGACGAGGCCGACGAAACCCUACCCACUCCUCCCGCCGCCGCCGCGGCCCGACCGAAGCCGCCCUCCGGUGGCGGCAUCUUCUCGUCGCUCCCGCAGCCCAAGUCGGCGCUCCUCUUCUCCUCCCUCCCGGCGCCCAAAUCCGGGCCCGUCUUCUCCGCCAUCCCGCCUCCCAAGUCCUCCUCCGGGAACCCUAAGCGGGUCGUGCAGUUCCGCCCGCCUCCGAUCCGCCAGCCCACGGGCGAGAGCUCCGACGAGGAGGACGACGACGCCGAGAAGCGCCGCCCUAGCGAGGCCGAGCCGCGCCCGCCCGUAUCCGCGGGCACGGGGCCUGUCUCUUCGUUCCUCCCGCCGCCCAAGCGCUCCCUCGGGCUCGGCGGUGGCGGCGCCGCCAGGAGGUCGGCCAUAGACACCGCUGCGCCGGAGAGGUCGAAUGUUGUCGCCGCUGGUCCAUCGUCCUCGGCCGUCAACGCAAUUGCCCCCGAAAGGCCUGAUACUACCUCUGCCGAUGAUGAAGACGAUGAAUCGAAUGGGAGCAGCGAUGACGAUGAGAUGCCUGUGCCGGAGGAGCAGCAGGAGCAGCUCGCUGUUGAUUCCGAAGCUGGACAGCAGCAGCAGAAUCAGCAGCAAAGCUAUGAUGCUGGAGUUGGGAGCAGUAAUGGACAGGAAGGCUACGCAUGGGAUCCAAAUUACUACGCCAAUUACGGUGCAAACUAUGGCUGGGAUCCGAGCGGCAAUGUGAACUAUGGGACUGAAGCGCAGUAUGCGGCAUAUGGAGGAGAGCACGGUGGAGUGUAUGGAAAUACAUACGGAGUAGAACAUGGUGAUGGAUAUGGGCAUUCGACGGAAAUGGCAUAUGGAGGGGGCUAUGCUGGUGGGUACGAACAUAAUGCGGCUGCAGCGACAGCACCGCCAAUCCAGCAGCCAAUACUGCCACCGGAGGUUGGUAGGAUUGGAGGGAAGAGAGGUAGGAGCGAUAUGCCGGCAGAGAUUUUAGAGGUUAACCAGGCAGAGCUGAUGAAGAACCGACCGAGGGAGGAUAAGUCCAAGCUCACUGGGAUGGCCUUCGGCCCUAGUUACCAGCCCGCCCCUUCAGCAAAAGGAAAGCCCUCCAAGCUGCACAAAAGAAAGCACCAGAUUGGUUCUCUAUUCUAUGACAUGAAGCAAAAGGAGAUGGAGCUUGCCGAGAGGCGUUCCAAGGGAUUCCUCACAAAAGCAGAGACUCAAGCAAAGUAUGGAUGGUGAGCAUGGUACGUCGGGCAUAGGAUGGAAUUGAACAGUGUAUUUCGGUUUUGUUGUCUAAUUAUUUUGUUGUAAAUUGUUCUUGAUAAUAUAAACUGGAAUUUAAAACUAGUCGUUGGAAGCAACCUUUUGCACCAUUCGAUGGGGAACUACUCUUUGCUUUGCCAAGAGAGGCAUUUCUUGCAGUAGUAACUAGAAAUUCUGAGAUAA